AUGAACACUAAACUUAAUUGUGAAAUUGAAACUGUGAGUAUGCCCAAUGAAGAAGAAGCUUCCAGUAACAAUGUUAUAAAAGAAAAAAAUCAAUUAAUUGAGUCACUUCAAUCUAAAAAUGAUAGUUUAAACAAGGAAAUUAUGAUUCUUAAAAACCGUUCUUUUGGUUACCACUCUAUAGAAUCCAAUGGCAAAAUGUUUGAUUUUUAUUGUGGCAUUAGUAAAGUUAUGUUUGAUCUUAUUAUUGAACUGGUUUCUAAAGUUGAAAUCAAUUAUUAUUAUACUUGGAGUGUGAAGAAGUUAUGUUUAAAUGACCAAGUUCUUAUGACUCUGAUGAAAUUAAGAUUAAACUUAUGUUAUACAGACUUAGCAUUCAGAUUUGGUAUUAGUGAAUCUACAAUUGGCAAUAUUAUAAUAACUUUCAUUAGUGUUCUUCAUGAAAUUUUAUUUGUCAGCUUAAUGAGUAAAGUACCAUCUCAAAAUAAAAACCAAAACUGUUUACCUAAUUGCUUCAAUGAUUUUAAAAACUGUAGGAUUACUUUAGACUGCACUGAAAUGUCCUGUGAUAUUCCAAACUCAUUAGUUGAUCAGAAAUUGACUUACAGCUCAUAUAAACAUAGAAAUACCCUCAAAGGACUUGUUGGAGUGGCUCCUAAUGGUGUAAUUACUUAUGCUAGUAAGUUGUACCCAGGAUCUACUUCAGACAAAAAAAUUGUAAGUCAUUGUGGAGUCUUAGAAAUAUUACAACCAGGUGACUUAGUUUUAGCCGACAAAGGAUUUUUAAUAUCUGACAUUUUGCCUCCUGGAAUUUCUUUGAACAUUCCUCCGUUUUUAAUGACUCCACAAUUUACGCCCAGUGAAGUUAUUCGUACAAAAAACAUAGCUAGGGCCCGAAUACACGUAGAAAGAGUUAUGGUAAGACUUAAAAAUUUCAAAAUUUUAGCUCACAUUCCAAACACGUUGUAUACAAGGGCUUCUUUGGUAUUCCAACUUUGUGCUGCUUUAGUAAAUUUCCAAAAUCCUAUAUUAAAAGAAGUUGAACAUUAA